AUGCAAUUAGAUUUAUCUAGCGAUUUAGGUCAAGCAAUUGGCAAAGUUGAUUUUAAUUCUAAUAACAUCCAAAUGAGAACUAAAAAUAUACCAGGGAAAUUAAAAAAAUUCAUGAUAUCAACAGAUACUCUUGAUAUCAAUUGUGAAGGUCGUCUUGUAGGUACUGUAAAUAUGAGUGGAUUUAGUUUCCUAACACAAUUAGGAAUACCACCACAAUCAAUAGAUGAUGAACCUACCCCAGUUACAAAUCUGUUUUUUAGAACUGAACGUCUUCAAUCCUUGUUGGAAUAUGAGUAUCAAAAAAUACUAAUAUUAGAAAUAGAUCCUAUACAAUUUCAACUAACAGAUAAUUGGGAUAUCAAAUCUUUUGAAACUGCGAAUGUAUUGAUUCAUGCAGAUGUAAAGCUACAACAAAUUCAAGCUAUACUUGCAAUAAAAACAGUGCCUAUAUUUCUUCGUAUGGGCAAUAGACUUUUAGCAUUGGUUGAAGAAAAAAGAUUGGCAGCUGCCAACGUAAUAUCUGAUUUGGAACAAACCAAACAUCUUAAUCCCACAAAUAAUAAUAUUACACAAAUAACAAAAUCUCCUUUAGAAUAUAUUGAUCGUUCAGUUUCUAAUAUCAGUAAAUGCUUAUAUCGAAAUUCAUCUCAGAUGGAUUAUUUGAUUGAACAAUUAGAUGCGCUCACUCUACAGAAAACCCAAUCUGAGAAAAAAAUUGUAAAAGAGCCGUCGUCGACCUCAAAAAAAACUUCAACACAUAAAAAUAUUGAACAAAUCAAAUCGUCAUACAAGUUAAAUGAUAAUCUUUCUUAUUCAGAUGAAGCAGCCAAGAUAGCAACAGAUUAUUUCAAUAAGGAACAUGCCUUCAACAAAUUGAAAGAUGUAAAUAAAUUCAAAAGAAAAAACCCAGUCAAUAAUUUAUUCGAUCCUGAAAUGAGUCUUGGUAAUUAUUAA